GGACCGUACAAAACGCUUGGAAAAUGUGCCACUAACAGGCUACUUCAGAAAAACUUGCUGACUCUUAUGCCACAUUUCUUGAAAUUUAAGAUAAACCAUUCCCUUGACUCAUCUGGAGGAGGAUGCUGCAAUUCAACCCUUCGAAGUUUGAAGGGAUCCAUAACUGCACUCGACCGCGGGAAACUAAACAUUCCCGCUUUUGCCUAUGCAUAUUAAUAUGAAAUCCAAUCUCGAAAGGUCAAUAGGCCGAUCCAGCCCCUAAUAAAAAAGAGGCUUCAUUGUACCCAGCAGGAACAGAGAUUGUACAAAUUCAAGUAAUUACUCAGAUUACUGCGAGCAAUUAUCAAAAAAGGCUGUCAUGGCGAUGAUGGAAACUUAGGCAGUUUAUGACGUCACUCCAUAGCAACCAGCCUUUUCAAAUAUUUCAACUUCCGUUUACCUGUGGCUCGUGAUGUGAACAUAACCAGAACCAAACAAACUGUUAGACUUUUCCUUCUUGCGGCUUUGCCGCUCGCCUCAGAACUCUCGCUUCGCGAGACGUCAUCGUAAAUUUCGGAUUCGCCGAAUUUGAAUCACGGUAUUUAAAAGAAGUCGACUUGGAGCAAGUCUAUCAAACUGUUUGCGGAUGCACUUGCGAUGUGUUUGGAAUUGAGUCUGAAAUACUGCGUCACAUAUAUUUUAUAAAAUCAAGACUUGGAGUUCAAAUUUCCUGAACAACUCAUUUCCUAAAUGCUUUUGUUCUCGGGCCAUCGUAAUUUGAUCAUAAAUAAGACACAAACAGCAGUGAUAAACAUAUUGAACUUGCACAUUCUGUGCUCUCUUAGUUACAAAGUGUUGUGACCAGAAAAAAAGGGAAAUGAAUUGAUUAAUCACUUACUCUCGGAACUUUUAAAGGACAAGAAUAAUCACACGAAUAAAAUUUAAUCAAUUUAUCUAUUCGUGUACUUUUUUUUUUUUAUUUCUCUGAAACUCUACUAAGCCUCAAUUUUGACUUCCAGUUGGCUCUACCCAGUUCUCAGGCUCACGACCAAUCACGUAGACUAUUUUCAUGUGGGCGUAAGGGGGCGUUCUACUGACGCAAGUCGGGUCAGUUGAGUGACCAUAACAAUGCUCAUCUGUAUGAUGAUAUUCUCAUUUACUGAAUUGUUGGACGUGAAUUUCAUAGCCGUUAUCAACAAGACUGAUGAGAUGUCGCUUUCAGAACAGUGUGUUUCCUUUCGCUGAAUAACUGAGAUACUUGUUCUGACAGAAAAAGAAAAAAAUUACGAGCCCAAAUAAAGGUUAGUGAAAGGUUGACUGAUGUACAACGCGAGACUGGUAUGAUCAAGCGUGAAGCGUUCGAUACGCCACGUGGUUGCGCCUGACCUCUGCCCAGCCUUCUCUCGACAUUCACUGAAGAAACAGGAACUGGAUGAAUAGUAACUUUGAUCGCAUACUACUGGUCGUUUUGUGCGGAAAGCCGGUUGACAGGCUUCACAAUGUCGACAAAGAACCUUCUAUCAACCUUUGCCGUCCAUUAUUUUGGUUUUACAAUGGCGUUGGACUAUUCUGUUGUGCUUUUGUCAGUGAAACUGUUGUGGAAGUCGCUCGGUGGAGGCGCAACUUUGUAUGGUUUUAUGUUUGGUAGUUACGCUCUUGCUCAAGCCGUUGUUUCGCCUCUACUAGGGUACAUCUCGGAUUUACGUGGCUUAAAAUUCGUCGUGAUGUUGUCAUUGAUUAUUAAUGUAACGGGAAAUGUCUUGUAUGGUUUAUCCGUUUUGGCGCAGUCGCUUCAUAUGGUUUUUGUCGGUCGGUUUGUAGCAGGCCUUGGCGCGGGUUCGGUGACCCUUUCGCUAAUCUACUUGACGAACACGACUCCACGAGAAACCCGUGGAAAAUCAGUGGCCAGUUUCAAGCUUGCCCAAGCAAUUGGUCUUUUAGGAGGACCUCUAAUUGAAAUGUUUCUUGUACCUCUUCUGGCAGGUCAUGAAGAGACGACCACAACGACUAGUAAAAUAUUUAACUUGUAUACAACCCCAGCUUGGUUGGCGACCGCGAAUGUUGUGUUGAUCAUGUUACCACUGACAAAAUUCUUUUUUAAGAACCCAAUGGCGCCACACAUGGCAAUGAAGUUUAAUUGCAGAGAGGCAAAAAGACUCAUUGUCCACUCAGCAGUGUUGAUGUUGUCAAUGUUUUUCGGAACGGCGUGUUUCUGGGGAAUUAUUAGCGAUUUAUUUACCCUUGCCUUUGGACAAUACCACCUGAUAUCGUCUCAGAGAGAUCUAUGGAAAGUUUUUAUUUCCGGCGAAAUCGCUUUCGUUGUUGCUGGAAUUCUCCUACGGGCAACAAUUCACCGAAAAGUCUCCCCUGCGAUGUUCUCAAUCCUUGGGUUGAUUGUUAAUGUCUGGGGAUUUGUUUUGCUUAUUGAUUACAGAUUAUCCGACGAACGUUUGAAGAAUGGCUUUUACUUUGGAGCGGUUGCUCUCUCCACUUCCGGCGGAGCGUUCUUCUUCACUGGAGCGGGUGUCUAUUACUCGCAAAAGAUCACCGAUUUCAGCGAUGAGGCCCGAAAUCGCCGAGGAGUUUUCCUUGGGUUUUUCAACCUCGCUGAGGCACUCGGUCGAUUCGCCGGACCCGCUGUUAUUUCAUUAUUUCUUCGUUUAACAAACAAAGGAAACGCAUCAUGCAACCCUGACAAGUUUGAUCCUACUCACUGUCAAGUUUUGAACGUAAACAUCGUUCUCGCCGUCCUCUGCGGAAUCCUUUUUAUAAACGUUCUGCUGUUUAUAUAUUACCACGUUGUUCACGGGAAGAGGCGGACAGAUGGAUUCCUGCUUAGCAAUACGGACGUUGCCAACCCUGGGGAAGGAAGAUUCACGUUUAGGGACGAGACGUACAAUUAUAUGGAAAGGGAAAAGGAGGGAAGAGUACCUUUCAGUUCCCAGAUGGAGUUAUCUCCCCCACAAACUCAUAGGACAUCAUCCCAUGCCUCUUCUCAGGACAGCAGUAUACACACUGUCUAAACGAGAAACUCAGCACAAGACCUACAGAAUUUUCUAGUGUAGUCACCUACCUAGAACAGUUUCUGUGAUGAAUUACGCCAAACUGAAACCGGCGUGAAGCCUACCUUGUGUACUCGGCUCCAG